UUGAAAAAUAUUGCGUAACAGCGUAACUUAUUAACUAAUUAUUUUGAAUCAUUAGAAAUCAGAAUCAUAUUUGCUUCUUAGUACUUAGUCAUGGUUUUCCCUGCACCUAUAAUAGCUACAGUUAACCUUAAUCGAGUUAGUUUAGAGACACUCAUUUACAAAUGCUGAAUAAUAAAAUUAAAUAAAAGAGGUGCCUAUAUUGUAGUUGUCAUCAAAAUACGUAUUACGAUUACGUAAUCUAUGUUAUUGAUCUAAUAAUCUCAGGACAAACCGUUUUUUUUUUGUGAUUUUUGUAUAAAGAUACAUAAUUAAAUUUGUAUUCGGUUAAUAACAUUCUACUGGAUAAAAUGGAAGAAAUUGAUGCGAUAAUAUAUUGUACUCUAAAAGAUAUUGGCUGUGAAUUCUCAGAAAGUGAAAAUGCUUUUACAAAUAUAGCUCAAGAAAAUUUAAUAAAAGCUAUAAUAAUGUGCUUACAAAAAAUUCAGCCAACAAUAAACUUAUCUUUUACAAUUCCUCGAUCUAUGUCUGCUAGAUACCAAUAUGGUAUCACUGUAGCAGAGGCUUGUAAGAAAGUUGGUUACAAGUUUGACAUUGGAUAUCAAACAAUUUUAUAUGGAAAUAUAGUAGAUAUGAGAAGAAUAUUAAUGUUUUUAAUUGAAAAAUUACCCAAAGAAAUUGAAAAUACCAUAGAAUUAAAAAGUAAACGAUGUACAAUAUCAAAAAAACUCAAAAAAAGCUUAUCAACUAAAAGAAAAUCAUUAAACUUUUCAUUAUUUCCGAACUAUUCAUAUGUCUCUGUACCAUUAGAAACUGGUAUAACUGUACCAGGACAUAAAAGAAACUGUACUCCUGCUGAAUGGCGAAAUUUCUGUAUUAAUAGUUUAAAAUAUAUUACUGAACAACCAUUGGAUUUGAAAUAUUUAAUUCCUUCAUUAAUCACACAUAACACUAAAAGAUUGCUGAAUAUUUAUGAGUUCGAACUGAGAACAUCAGAUGAUUUAUCAAAGAGUAGAACAUUCCAAGGAGAAAUCAAAAAAAUCAAUUUAAAACAAGCAAGUUACCUUAAUACUGAGGUUAAAAAGGUAUCUAAAGAUCAAAUUGAAAAAAUAUCAAAGGAAUCUGAAUCAACAUAUAUUGAAGAUCUAGUUUCCAAAAAUAAUGAACUUAAAAGUUUAACCCUAAAUCAACAUUCCACCAAAAUAAAUCUCAUGUUGAAAUUAGAAAAAUUAGAAAAAGAAAUAGCAGUUCAAGAAAAAAGUUUAAAUAUUAUUGAUAAUCCUGAGGUUAUUACUAAACUGAAAAAUAAAGUUGAUGCAGCACCAGAUAAAAUAAAAAGAAUGGACAAGAAAUGGAGUAAAUAUGAAACUGAACAGAAUUUAAUUUUAUCAGAGCUAAAUGAUGAACUAAAUAAAAAACGAGCCAAAAAUAUUAAACUAGAAACAGUGUAUGUAAAUCAAAAGUUGAAGUUACAAAAUAUUUUUGAAGAUAUACAAAAAAAAGAAGACAUUAUCAAAAUAUGUAGAAAUGAUUUAGACUCAAGGCCAAAUUAUAAUUCAAGAUCAAGUUAUACACAAAGAAUAUUAGAAAUUAUAUCUAAUAUUGAAAAACAGAAAAAAGAAAUUAAUAAAAAUUUGAAUGAUACCAGGCAGGUUCAAAAAGAAAUAAAUUCUUUAGAUGGUAAAGUAGAACGAUGUUUUAUUUCAAUUGAUGAACUGAUGUUUAAGGUAGCAAAAAAAGAUGACACAAUCCGAAAAUGUUAUAAACUAUUAGCUGCCAUUCAUUCAAACAGUUCAAGCAUUAUAACAUCUGUAAAACAGGCAGGUACAAUUGGAAGAGAAAUUAAAGAGUUGGAAGAACAGAUUGAAAAUGAAAAUCCUCAUCAAGCCACAGCUAAUGUACAAAAACUUAGAAAAGAUAUAGAGCUUGUUAAAAACGAGCAACAAUUAUUAUUAAAAAAAAUUGAAAAUUAAAAAAAAUAAGCUUUUGUAAUUAAUUAUGUUAAGUAAUAUAGUGUUUAAGGGGAUUGGAAGCGGUUAUUUUCUGUCUUUGUCUAACAUACAUGGGACAUACCAUACGCCUGACAAAAAUUAAGGUACUUCCAGUUGUUCGAUUUAAAAUAUGUAAAGAUGUGUUAAAUUGAUAUACAAGUUUACUUUG